UGAUCGUAGUAAAUGGUAAGAGGUCACAAAGCUUGGCGGUUCAUUUAAAACGGUCACAACACCAACAGAACUUGCAGGAUGUCUACAAAUCUCAGAAAGUCGUUCCGUUUAUCGUGGUUGCCAGGUAAAAAGUAUAACGUUUUAGAAGGAAAAGAAAACAUGUAUUUCAAUACUCCAAAAUACAAGCGUGCGAUCUCGGAAGGCGAUAUUCCAACACAGCGGCAUGCAAUUCAUCCGAUCAGAAACCGUGGAAACCAGAAACCGAAGUUUGAAAGGAAUUCAACACUUACAAAGUCAGUUAGAGAAGCUGUUGGAUCUUUGAAACAGAAAUUUCGUGUCUCAACAAGAAAGCUGAAGAGAUUGACUAAUGAUACAAAGAGUCCAUCGCCUACUAAAGGUGUUCGUCAUGGAAACAGAACAUCAGGCAGGACCCCACCCCGUCCUGUUCACCAUGAUGUGAAGAUGUACUCCCCAUUUUUGAUUGACACACCAAGCACCAGCCGAACACCUACCAGAUUACGUACAUCAACAUCUACAAGAUGGACAGACAACAUGGAGACACCGACUCGACUACGGAGGGAGGUAGAGGCUCUCACCUCCAACAUGCAAGCUCUAGCUACCCUUACUCCAGGGGGUCUGCAGCAAAGACCCAAGACAAGGCGAUCAACAAUUUCUCCACUGACAAAUGGCAGUUUGAGGACACGCCCAACAGGUGAACGAAGUAGUGAGAGGUUACAGACUAAACAGCAACGGAUAAGGACGUCCGCUCUAGUGUACUGAGUCAGAGAACAUUUCCGGUGCUUCAUGAUCACAUUGAAUCUCUUUAUUAGUGCCAUUACUUGUAACAAGUUAAAUACAACUCGGUAAUUAGACAUUUGCUGUGUCAAGUAAUGUGGUGCUUUGUAUUGGUUUUAAAAACCAUGUCUACAUUUUCCGCUGGAAUCCAGCUGCAUAUUAUGUACGACAGAUCUAGACUUGAAGUGAUGAUGAUACAUGUAUUAAGAUGAUUAUCAUCCAAUAUGACUCUUGAGAUUCUAGAUUAUGAUUAUUUUGUACCCAAAAUAACUUUGGACUACAAUUCUAUAAAGCUUUGCCAUUUUCCAAGUUAAUAUGUCAAAUACAUCUAUACAAAUGUAUUUGAAUUUGAAAGUAUUUUAAAAAUGAUGUAAGAGUUUUUGUAAAAGAAUAAUGUUAAGAAUUUUAAUAUCAUAUGCAACUAAGGACAAGUCAGUUCAUUCUUCAUUUCUCAACAAUACUCUUGUUAGUUGAGAAAUUACGUAGUUGUAUAUAUAGUGUAUGGCAUUAAUUAUCUGAUAGACCAGUGCUACAUAUAGGUAGCUAGCUUGUUAGUGAUUGUUUUAGUCCCAGCAGUUUUUUUUAAUCUCUGACUUCCAUACACUUGCCAGUCUUUUGAUAUUUUAUAUGUGUACGUAUACUUUGUAGUAUAUUACUGUUUAUUUAGUCUUGUAAUGCAAUGAAAUGAAAAUCAAUGUGACCUUUAAUAUUCUUUUUUUGUGCUCAAAUCUGAAAUGGGAUGAACUAAUUGACAUUAUCUUCAAAAUGGUUACAAUACAAUUAAUUGAUUUCAUUUGUAUUUUGAAAGUUAAGCUUUAGUUCCAAAUUAUAAGCUCUUCCUAGAAUAUCUUCAAGUAGAAAUGUUGAUAUUAUAAACAAGUAAAUUAUUUUGCAACCAUAUUUGAAGUCACAAAAUGGUUGUAUAUGAUCAGUUCUGUUUGUAAAAUGUGUGAUGCUAAGUUUUAUUUUGUGUAUUUAUUCGUGUCAUUAGACCUUAUUCUUAUGAAUGUCUUCUCCAAUGGACAGUCAUCUAGACAAACUGUGUAUCCAGUAUCACUUAUUUCUGUAUUUCUCUAAAACUAUCUUUCCUUUAGAAUUCCUGUGUAGAUGAUCUACAUUACAAACAUACAUAUCUCCUUGUUCUGUGCCUGUGGAGGGGUCGCAGUGGCCGAGUGGUUAAGGUGUUCCGACACUAUCACUAGCCCUUCACCUCUGGGUUGCGCGUUUGAAACCUACGUGGGGCAGUUGCCUGGCACCGACCGUAGGCCGGUGGCUUUCCUCCACCUCCAAAAUCUGGCAUGUCCUUAAAUGAUGUUUAUUACGACGGUAAACCAAAUAAACCAAACCAAAUCUGUGCCUGUAGAAUCAAUACUGUAUGAAAGUUACAGCCUAGAUGUUACCACACCCCUGUAACUUGUUAUUAGUUGAUAGAGAAGAAUGCGACUUAUUUCUCUCAUUAUAUACGACCUUGAAUCCGAUGAUUUCCAUGUUCUGAUACCGGUACGCUAUUAUGUAUGGAAUAAGUUCCAGUGAAAUUCAGCCUGCUAUGGCAGUCUGAUUUAUUUAGGUCAUAUAACAUGUAUUUUUUUUUUAUUUCAUAGCUAUUAUGUAAAAUAUACCCCCUUAUUGUUAAAAAAUAGAGUUAUGUUGCUUGACGUAAAACAUACUAAUCUGAAGAACUUUUUGUUUUAAUACUUUACAGUUGCAACUGCAUGAUCUUUGUUAAUUACACAAUUUGUUUUAGUAUUAUAUUGUAUAAGUUUCAUCCAAAGUUUACUCCUAAGAUUUGUUGCAUACAUGUAUUAGCCUGAAGCUAAUAGUUUGAUGAUUGAUUAUUAUACAUAACUCUACAUUUAUUUAUAUAAUACUACAUAGUACUUAUUACAUAUUACUGAUCUUAGUCACAUUUAAAACUAAAAUAAUCCAAUUUUGUUGGUGAAUUUGGUAUUAUGCUAAACAAAAGCUAUACACGAAUAUUGCCUUUUUUGUCACUACUCUUUUAAAAGUUUAAACUGACUGCUCGUUACUGCAUACAUAUACUAUAUAUAAAACAAGCUUUGUUUUCCGUGUAAUAUUUUAUAUAUAUGUAAUACCAUAUAUGGCAGUAAGUUAGGCUACAGUAUUCAAAUACUCAUUCCUGGAGAUAUACUUCGGCAUUUCUUUUUUGAUUAUAUUUCAGGAUCAAACAGUCUGUGGUCUGAUGUUCAUAAUUAGCAGUCAUUGAUAAUUCCCAUACCAACAGAAACCAAGUAAAUGAUAAAAUGGGCGAGGUGGGGGGAUUUGUCCGUCUUGUCUAGAAAAGAAGUACAAUUGUAAAUGAUUUUGCUUAAAGUUGCAGUUUUUAACAAGAACAAAGUAAUGCAUUGAAGUGAUUUCUGUGUUAAGUUUUCAAAGAGAGCAUUUAAUACAACAGAUGCUGGUAAUGUUUUUAUAUUACUUGUAGUUUUACAAGUACCUGAGCAUUUUACGUGAUUUUUUUUACACUUCAAAGUUUGUGUCCAUCAAAUAUGUGUUAUUACGCAUGAAUUUUCGUGUUGUUUUGAUAUGCUGCAUGAUGACAUUCUGAAAUGGUGUAAACACAUGCAUUGGUUAAGUGUGAUAUGACAAAUCAUUACUUUUACUUUCAAGUCAUGUGUUCCCACAAACUUUUAUUACCAACCAGUGGGAGGGGGUGUCUCUUAUCAACAGUUGAUAUGAUGAGAAAUUACAAGUUUUUCCGACACUUUUAUUUCACUGUUGGUAUACGUAUUGGAAGAAAAUUCAGAACUUCUUUAGAAUGUAAACAUGUAUCUGUAGUGAAAUAUUGUGUAAAAUCAGCAAAACCCAAACUACAUUUUGUUGAAGUAUUAUUCAUUUAGAUGAUGCUGAAUUGGUAUAAUGUAUCAAUAUCACUAGACAUGAACUGCUGCUCUGUUUAAGUAUUUUACUCGUAGCAAUAUUUGUUAUAUAUUUCAAAAGGCUAUACAAUAAAGCCUUCCGUUGACAAUAA